GUCGCCAAGAAGCUAGCGAGACAGGUUCCAGUGGCUCCAGUGUAGCAAGAGCCACAGUGGAGGUGGAUUCGCAGUCGGAGGUGCUCUGCUUGUGUUUACCUUGGUCCUGGCUGAAAUCCGAACGGCCUUUGCUGGAGGCUCUGCAGAAGGGCUUUGCGACCUCCUUGGCAGCACAGGUGGCUGCUGGAGAUGCAGCAGCUAGGCUUCUGGAGUAUGCAGCCGUUUUGGAAAUGGAAGAUGAUUCAAGGACAACAAGGGAACUUUCGGCCCUUUCGAGGCGUGCUACUCGCAGUUCGAGGCCAACGUCGAGGCGCGACACGCCCAGUUCGGCCGCUUCCCACGACGAAUAUGGCCGUUGGCCUCCAGAGGCCCUUCCAUUCCAGCAUUGACUGGACCGCUGUUGGAAGAGGCUUUGGAGCAGUUCCGUCAAAGGCUUGGGAUCUCGGAGGAGGAGCAUCGCAUGGUGGUGAAGACCCUGCCGCAAGAGUGCCAUGGGAGCAACCUGCUGACCGUCUUUCCAUCUCAGUCACACUGAGCGCUCCGUCUCACCGUCUCACGCGUGCCGUCCGGCUUCCGGAGUCGCGGAGAAACGCUUCAG